CCGCCAUUCAAACACACCCUUGGAGAUGACUGCCCCUUAACUGUCUUCAUCUUGCACAUAAACAAAACGUCUGCACGUUUUGGCUCCUAAUUUUUUAGAGAGGACAACCACUUUGACAUGUCCUCACCACCACCAUUGACGUGCCCCACAAGUUCACCUUGCAAACGACGUCCCACCAAGACCAUCAUCCCUGUAAGAAAUCGCAAGCUCUAAUCAAUGUCAGCCAGACAAUCAUGGAUCUUCAACCUUUGCCAUGGCACGCAUUGAAGGCAAUUACAGGGAAAGAAGAAAAGCCAUAUGCAAGACAUGGGUGCCAGUGCCACCCGCUGACCGCGCCUCUUCUCCCCACCUCAGAAUCACGUUGGAUUGAUUUGACCUUUCGCCUUCUGGUUGUCUUCUUCCACAGCUAGUUGUACAAUUUGAUGUCCAGAAAGUAGCUGGCUUGUCGGCGGUUUCAUUAACAGAUCACUGUGAGUUUCAAUUCAACUUGCUACACGCUAAAGUCUUCGCAGCCAUAACAAACAACUUCAAGCUGAAGGAAAAGCUCUUGUCAUGAAUGUUUUCUCCCUUGGGACAUUCGAAUGCCAGGAGCCAUAGGGUGGGUGUCUGCAGCAGAAGCAGUGAAUCAAGGGAAGCCUGAGGUAAGGAUUGCAUUCAGAAAAGAAAAAAAAUUCCGCAGAAAGAAAGUUACGAGCCAGAAGAUUCAGCAUUUUGAAGGUGAACAAUUCUAGCUUUUCAAUCAUCUUUCUGCGUCCUGGAGGUACAUGGAGCUUGCUAGUCCAACACCGAGAAAUGGGCAGAUUGGUAGGCAGAUAACAGCAAGCUCAGAGAAAAGCCAUGGUUCGAUGUUUGAGCCUCAGACAGAACCGGAGAAGGAAACUGGACGGAUGCCCACCAGCAGAAGCUUAAUACAACCGAGCCAUCAAGAAGCACCAGAAAAGAAGCUCACGCUUUUUGCCCUCCGGCUAGCUUUGCUUGAGAAAGCAGCCAGUGGAAUUGGUGCUCUCGGUUUUAUCUGGGCAACCGUCGUCCUUCUUGGUGGUUUUGCAAUCAUAUUGGAGAGAGUUGAUUUCUGGUUUGUCACCGCCAUUCUCUUAGUUGAAGGAAGCAGGAUUUAUAGCCGAAGUCGUGAGCUCGAAUGGCAGCGCCAGAGUACAUGGUCCAUUUCUGAUGCAGCAAGGAAUAGUUCGCGGGCAUUAGUAUACGGUUCUGGUCGCCUGGUUCACAUGAUCAAGGCUCUCUACCUACCAAUCACUUCUACCCUUCCAUAUUUUGCUCGGCAGCCAAAAGUCACCUCCUCUGCACCAGCAGAGCCGCCUCCUGACGAUCAAACGCAGAUUAAGCCUAGGACAUGGACGACAUCUGAAGUCCCUCUGCUACCAUAUGCAGGUUGGGUUUUUGUGUCAAAAAACAUCAGCAAACUUCUCUACUGGUUUCAGCUGGCUGCGGCUGUUGCAUGUGUAGUGCUUUCAUUAUUAAGACUAUACAGACAAGAUUAUGGCAAUACAGACGCUCGAGAAGUCCAAAACAGGGCGUCUGCAUUGAACAUAUUCUACAGCCUUGCACUAGCAGAAGCCUCAGUGUUUCUGAUGGAAAGAGUCUACUGGGAAUGGAAGGUGAGCGUCAGGAAAUUCCUUGAGCAAGUUAACGAGCAGUGUGGUUUUGGAGACUCUGGAAUUGCUUGGAUCCGUCGAUUUUUCUAUGAUGCAUACUCAAAAUGCGUGGAGGGGAGCGUCUUUGAUGGCCUGAAAAUGGAUUUACUGACCUUUGCUUCAGAGCUGCUGCUGUCAAAUUCCGUUGAGGAGCAGUUAACAGGUGCCCGCAUGCUUGUCAAAUUCACAGAAAAUGAUCGGUUCUCCGCUGAUGCCUUUCGAAGGAUUGGUACAUCAAUGCCAGCUAUGGAGCGGCUUGUUGAGAUGUUGAGCUGGAGGAACCACAGAGAGCAGGAAAUCAGGAAGUCGGCAGCCCAAAUAGUGUCAAAGAUCACUGGUAAAAAGCGGAAUUCGCUACGUGUUGCAGGAAUUCCUGGUGCCUUGGAGUCCAUAUCAUCACUACUACACAUAAAGAAUGCCAGACUUUCAGAUGACGGGAUCCUGCAGAAAGGGAUAAUUAUGGAUGAAGGGGACCAUGAAUUCCAUCUUCGAGGCUUGCAUAUCUUGAAAAAACUUGCCAACGAUCAUGACAACUGUGGAAAGAUUGGUACAACUAGAGGCUUGCUAACGAACAUCAUCAAUUCUACGCAUGCUGAAGAAAGGAUGUUAAAUUUUGGGAGUCCUUCACAAAUAAUGAUAGUGGAGCAAUCUCUGAAACUAGUCAAGAAACUGGUAGCAACAACAGGCAGCACCGGAGAAGUUCUGCGGCGGGAGACUUCAAAUAUCGUCUUCACAAUUGGAAAUUUGAGGGCUAUUCUCAAAUAUGGGAAGAAACAUGACAAUCUUCAGUCAUUGGCAAUGGAUAUUUUAGCAAAUAUGGCUCUGGAUAAGGGUGCAAGAGAAAAAAUAGGAAGAACCGGGGGGAUGCUAAACCUACUGUUUGGUAUCUUUUUCUUCGAGGAAAAUGCAGUUCAGAAUGUUGAUGUCACUCAGAAGCUGAGCAGCAAUGCAGGAGAAGCCUUGGUAAUGCUGACACUGGAAAGUCCACAAAACUGUGAGAGGAUUAUACAACUUGGAUCUGUUGGUAAACUGGUUGGCUGUCUUGAGAAUACCACAUUGCGCAAAAAUUCAGCCCGACUUUUGCGAAAUCUGUGUGCAUAUGCAGGACCAGAUUUGCAACAUAAGCUUGCAGGAAUCGCCGAAGCUACGAAAGUUGUAUUGAAGGACAUAAUGUCAGAAGAAGAGAAAUGUUUAGAAGUUGCGAUCGGACUGGCUGCCCAAGUGCUCAGGUUCACAAAUGCUUCGGAGUUUCACGAUGCACUUGCAUGGGCAGGAACAGAGAUGUCAGAACUAGCAGCAAAAUUAGUGCAAAUUUUACGAAACGACCCAAAUCCCUCAGUCAAGGUACCAAGGAUGAGAAGGUUCGUGGUAGAGCUGGUGAUAACAAUGAUGCAGGUGGAGACGCAAAGCAGAGAACUGUUCAAGAAGCUUGAAUUGGAGAAAGAGCUCAAAUGUGUUCUAGAGACCACUUCAGAACUUGAAUGCUUCAACGUUUUCUCAGGCAGUGUAGGCCUGAGCCCACAUACCACUACUCUUCACUCACUUGUAGAUACGGCACACGAACUGCUGAACAAUGUCUCAUCUCACAAUACCGCAGAAUCAGGAUGGUAAAGGAGGUGUAUUUAUUUGCAGAGACAAACAAGAAAUUCGAUUUGUUAUGCAGCCGAGGAAUUCAAGUUACCUUGUCUUUCAAUAUGCAAAGUACUUGUUACAAAUUAGAACUCAAUCAGUUUGUGUAGAGGGGCUUGAGUAUUUUUUUACCUGAACAAAUAAAUGAUUGAACAAACACAUCAUCUUAUGAUGGCAAUGCCACACAUCAUUCUUCUUUCUA